UUCUCAGCCCCAGCAAAACAUAAAGCUGUACUAUUUUUGGUUACUAGGAGAGGGCCUCCCUUUCAAAGCCGCAAGCUGUGCAUUUUCUAAAUGGCACCACUUUGCAUUUGUCCGCUGUGUGCUUGAUGUUUACAUGGAACUGCAUGUAUUCUCCCCAUUCGCUUCGGUCCUGACAAACAGUAGGAAAUUCCCCUCUCUGGUCUUCUCCCUGCACACUGCACAAGUCACAGCUCAGCGGUAAAGCAGCAGAGGCUCAGAAGAACCCAGGGAGGGAGACAGAAAGCCUUGGAGUGGCCGGACAAUAGACAAGGACAGCUGAAUAGAGAUUAAAAGAAAAGACCCUUUUCAUGGUUUGGGAAAUCCUUGGGGCUAGCUGGAAUCAUAGAAGAUCCAGAGGAUGGGGAAUGGCAGUGGAUCCUCUGCAUGGAUUUCUUUUUUCAUCAGCUUUUCAUUUGUGCUUCUGCUGAUCAACUGGAGCGAGGGAAAGAGACCAGCUAAGUCAAAAUGCCCUAUCUGGUGUACCUGUACCAAAGACAAUGCUUUAUGUGAAAAUGCCAAAUCUAUUCCUCGCACCUUCCUUCCUGACGUUAUCUCACUAUCCUUUGUCAGAUCUGAAUUUACAGAGAUUCCAGAGGGGAGUUUUUUACACAUACCAUCCCUACAGCUCCUGUUCAUAGAGAAUAACAAAAUAAAGUCUAUUUCAAGAAAUGCUUUUCGGGGUCUGAAAUCUCUAAUUCACCUGAGCCUGGCAAAUAACAAUCUUCAGUCCCUUCCAAAAGAUGUUUUCAAAGGCCUGGAUUCCCUUACAAAUGUAGACCUGAGAGGCAAUGCAUUCCAUUGUGACUGCAAGCUGAAAUGGUUGGUGGAAUGGCUGGAUAAAACCAAUGCAACAGUUGAACAGAUUCACUGCGAAAGUCCCCCCGAGUAUAAAGGAAGAAAAAUCAACAGCUUGUCAGCCAAGGAUUUUGACUGUAUAACCACAGAAUUUGCUGCAUAUAAAUCAUUGCCGUACCAGUCUCUGUCAGUGGACACCUUCACCUACAUGAAUGAUGAGUAUGUUGUAAUCGCUCAGCCUUUUACUGGGAAAUGCAUAUUUCUGGAAUGGGACCACGUAGAGAUGUCUUUCAGGAACUACGAUAAUAUCACAGGUACGUCAACAGUCGUGUGUAAGCCGAUUGUUAUUGAGAAACAGUUGUAUGUCAUUGUGGCGCAGUUAUUUGGCGGUUCUCAUAUUUACAAAAGAGACAUUUUCGCAAACAAGUUUAUCAAGAUUCAGGACAUUGAAAUCCUGAAAAUUCGAAAACCCAAUGAUAUCGAGACUUUCCGAAUUGAUGAAAAUUGGUACUUUGUGGUGGCCGACAGCUCCAAAGCUGGUUUUACUACAAUCUACAAAUGGAACGGGAAUGGAUUCUACUCCCACCAGUCUGUACACGCCUGGUAUCGAGAUACCGAUGUUGAAUUCCUUGAAAUGACCAACAAGCCCCAUUUAAUUCUGUCGAGUAGUUCCCAGCGGCCAAUCAUUUACCAGUGGAACAAGAAGUCCAAUGAAUUCGCCAAACACACAGAAAUCCCCGACACUGAAGAUGUCUACGCUGUGAAACAUUUCACAGUAAAGGAUGAUGUAUAUCUCUGCCUAACAAGGUUCAUUGGGGAUUCCCGGGUCAUUAAAUGGGAAGGUGGUUCGGAUUUUCGGGAAAUACAAAGGAUGCCGUCACGAGGGUCCAUGGUUUUCCAACCCAUAGAAAUCAACAAUCAUAAAUACGCCAUCCUCGGCAGCGAUUAUUCUUUCACGCAAGUUUAUCACUGGGAUUCAGAAAAGGGAAUGUUUGUAAAAUUUCAAGAGUUGAAUAUUCAGGCGCCCCGGUCCUUCACCCACGUUUCCAUAGACAAGCGUGACUUCCUCUUUGCUUCAAGCUUUAAGGGAACUACUCAGAUAUAUGAACAUGUUAUAAUCGACUUGAGCGCAUGACCGCUCAGAUUCCAGUAGCGUGAGAAUGGACUUUACAGUAUGGACAUGACGAACUAAAUGCAUGAUAUAUCUUUCUCCUUAUCAUACUUCUGGCUGACUGACAUUAAAAGUCACGACUGCUGGAACAAAGCCUAUGCUCGUACCUUCAUCAUUGAUAGUCAUGGCUAGUGGUAUUGGGAGUCCAUCUUUUUAAAACGUUUGCAUUAACAAAUUGUAAAUACUUGUGCAGUUGCCUAUGCUCAUCUAAAGGGAGAAUUCUAUGUACUUUUCCAUUUAUUUAUUCACCUGUUUGAAAGAAAAACUGCCAAAUAAAAUGUUUACAUUUUCUGUCUUGUUACGGAUACGCUUCUUUGAGAUAUUUUUGUCCUAGUUUUCUACCUGUCUGUAAAUAUAACUGAUGGCUGAGGACUGAAAUGCUACAAUCUAAAAUCUCCAUAAAUGAGAUCAUUUUGUAACAUUAGAUGUGAAAACUAUUUUUUCUUGUUUUUUGUAUAAUUUAGCAAAUUAACUAUAGCUUUCUGUUUAAUAACACGAGUACACAUGGUGUUAAGUUUUCAUUGGUCUACGUUUAUGUUUGCUAUCCUAUCACUUUGCUAAGUUGCUUAAGUUAAAACCUACUAGUUCUAAUGUGAGACUUACAUUUACAGUUUAAUUAAAAAGUCUUAGCUGAAUUAAACGACUGAAAAAAAAGCUUUGCUGUUAAAUAAAUAUUUUUCUUUUUAACCAGUAUAUGACCAUAUAUUUGCACGAUUCAGGUAGUAACCUUCCUGCAAGCAGAAAAAGAAGGAAUAAUGGGAAAAUAAAUGUAUUUGGUUAAUAAUA